AAAAAUAGACGAAGAAGAAGCUAUCCUCGAUCAGUGUCCCGUGACAGUUGCUGUCCAUAGCUGUUGCAGGCAAGCUGACGUGUUUAACCGAUAAAUUCCCUUUUUGUUUUGCGUAUAAACAGGCAAUUGCGGCACAAACACACCGCCCACUGAAAUAAGAUGUUGUCUCGUCUUCUGAAAGAGCACCAAGCGAAGCAAAAUGAGCGGAAAGAGCUGCAAGAAAGACGCAGACGUGAAGCAAUUACUGCUGCCACCUGUCUGACGGAAGCCCUGGUGGACCACCUCAACGUUGGUGUUGCCCAGGCAUAUGUAAAUCAACGCAAACUGGACCAUGAGGUAAAGACUCUUCAAGUUCAGGCAAGCCAGUUCUCCAAGCAAACUGCUCAAUGGAUCAGUAUGGUGGAAGGAUUCAAUCAGGCCUUAAAGGAAAUUGGAGAUGUGGAGAACUGGGCACGUAGUAUUGAGAUGGACAUGAGGACGAUCGCUACUGCUCUGGACAUGUUUUUCCAACAAGCUGACCAAAAGCAGACGGAGAGCAACACGAAUAUGCAGUUUAUAUACGACCUCUUAGGGGAAAAUGCCGGGUCGUACAUAGCUGCCACCAUCGCUGUGCUGUGGAUUCUCGGGUGGCUGUAUAGGGACAGCCUGGAAAUCGAGACCAUCAACGACAAGUACGUCUUCGUGACCGGAUGUGACACAGGCUUCGGGAACCUUCUGUGUAAGAAGCUUGACCGCAGAGGUUUCCGUGUGCUGGCCGGCUGCCUCACAGAGAAGGGAGCUGAUGAUCUGAAAAGAGUGGCAGGGCCUUAUCUAAAGACUGUUGUGUUGGAUGUGACCAGUCUGGACAGCAUCCAGAAGGCCAUGGAGUGGACCAACAAGGAGGUUGGUGAUAAAGGACUUUGGGGUAUUGUGAACAAUGCCGGACGUUCGUUACCCAUGGGACCUUCAGAGUGGAUGAAAGUAGAGGAUUUCCACAGCACGCUGAAAGUAAACAUGAAUGGAGUGAUUGCCAUGACUAUGACCUUCCUGCCCCUCAUCAAAAAGGCCAGGGGCCGCAUAGUAAAUGUAGCAUCUGUACUGGGUAGGGUAGCUGCAAAUGGCGGUGGAUACUGCAUUUCCAAGUUUGCAGUGGAGUCUUUCUCUGAUUGUUUGAGGAGAGAUAUCGAUUACUUUGGAAUCAAAGUUUGCAUCAUUGAACCUGGAUUUUUCAAGACAGCCGUAACCAGCCUCGAUCCCAUUGAAAGGGAGCUGCAUCGCCUGUGGAACCAGCUCACCCCUGAGGUAAAAGCCAGCUAUGGAGACAAGUACCUCGAAAAGUACAUCAAUGUCCAGCGUUUGAUCAUGAACGCUGUCUGCGACUCUGAUCUCACCAAGGUGACCAGCUGUAUGGAGCACGCUCUGACUGCUGCCUACCCACGCACCCGAUACAGCGCCGGAUGGGAUGCCAAGCUUAUCUGGAUCCCUCUCUCUUAUAUGCCCUCCUUUGUAGUUGAUCUUGGACUGAAGCUGGUGCUGCCUCGUCCUUCAAAGAGUGUGUAACUGGUGAUGACUUUUAAGUGAUGUCUUUAAAAAGUUAUUCGCAUUUUUAUGUCAUUUUGAGUCGUUUGAAGCAUAAAGCUUGAUGCCAAUAAUCCUUAUCUCCACUGGCCAUGCAAUGAUCUGAUGUCAGUGGUUGUACAUGUACUUCUCUUUAUGCAUUAUCUCUCUUUUAAACCAGUGCUGUGCCUUUUAACACUGCUAUUUAUGUUGCUUGGUAUGGAUAACCAUCAGAGCCAUAAAAACUAGAUGUUUACUGCAGAUAAACUGAGUUUUUUCUGAAUGAAGUCAUGUUGGAUGUAAGUCAAAUAUACACUGGCAGUUCUUCACAACCUGUUUACUUCAAGCAAAGAUUCCAACUGUAUAGAUAAAGAAGUGCAAGUAUUCAAACUAUUACACUCUAACAUCACCAUCUUUCUGUAGUUCCCUGAAACCAACUAAAAUAAAAACAAAAUGUGUGAAAUAUGUUAAUUGAAUAAAAUAAAUGAUUUGUAUAUGUAGAAUAGUAUGGUUAUUUUCAUACUGACAUACGUCAUUCAACAACUCCUCUGAACUAGCACUCUCUAAACAAAGUUAC